AUGCGUUCCCUACGCCUGGUCCCCUCUGCUCUGCCGUCGUACCUUCUGCUCUUCACCUCCAGUGUUGCCGCGCUUUCUGUCCCUCGGCGGUCUGUACACCAGUCGCUUGCCAGACAGGAUGACGAUAUUGAGUCCAUCAUCACCGACUCACCGGUCCUGUCUCUCCACCGCGACUUGAUCGAGAUUGAGUCCGUAACGGCGGACGAAGGCGAGAUUGGCCAGUGGCUCGCUGAAUGGCUCGAAGAGCAUGACUUCAACGUGACGCUCCAGCCCGUCCCCGUGGACGAUGACCCGGACUACGAGCGCUGGAACGUCUACGCCACGCGCGACCCUUCUUCUGCACCGCGAGCCAUUCUCACUACUCAUAUGGACAACGUAGGACCGCACAUCCCAUACUCAGCCGUGUAUUCCAACACGUCAACCGAGCGCGACGACAUCCUGCUCCAGGGCCGCGGCAGUGUUGACGCCAAAGCCCCCAUAGCAGCGCAAAUCUACGCCGCGCUAGAACUGCUUGACGAUUCGGAUGAGAUAUCGUCGCCUGGCGACAUCGCGCUGCUGUUCGUUGUGCACGAGGAGGCCGGCGGUCAAGGCAUGGACGUCUUCUCCAACUCCUCCCUUUACGCCGAUUUCUACGACACGAUAGAGGGCUUCAUCUUCGGUGAGCCAACCGAGGGCAAGCUGGCCACGGGCCACAAGGGGAGCGCCAGCCUCGUCUUGUCUGCUAACGGCACCACUGCGCACAGCGCAUACCCGGAGAAUGGCGUGAGCGCGGUGGAUCUGCUGCUGCCGGCGAUGGUGGCGGUGAAUGGCUUGGAUGCGUUGAGCCCGGAGGACGGUGGCUUGCCUACGAGUGAGAAGUUUGGGCAGAGCACGACCAACAUCGGCGUCGUGGAGGCGGGGACGGCGUCGAAUGUUGUGCCGGGGUAUGCGGUAGCAAGAGCAUCGAUCCGCGUUGCUGGAGGCACACCGGAGGAGUUUGAGGAGGCGAUACUGGCCAGGAUCGGGCUGCUGGGAGGGCUACAGCCAGGCGUGAAUGUUGAAUUUAGUUUCAACAAUCCGCCAAUUAACUUGGUGGGAGAUGUUGACGGGUUCGAGACGGGUGUCAUGAACUACGGGACGGAUAUUGUCAGGUUGGAUUACCGAGAUGAUGCAAAGAUGUAUCUAUAUGGGCCGGGCUCGAUUGAGGUCGCUCACGGAGUUGACGAGCAUGUAAGGCUUGGCGAUCUGGAGAAGGCGGUAGAGGACUAUAAGGCACUGGUGAGGGAUGUGCUUGGCUUGUGA